GGAUUUCGGUUCAGUCUUGCCCGGUCUGGAUACGCGCAUACACCUCUAAGUGAUUUCAAUACCUUUCCUAGAUUCAAAGCGAAUUUCGCGCUACAUAAGCCGUAGGUAUACCUGUAUAAUAAGCCCGCAGAUAUAUAUUAUACCUACACAUAUUCUCGAAUAUAGUUUGCGCGCCGAUUCUUCUAUUGUUUCUCUGCAGUCGCCUGCUGCAGUUUCCGGAAAUUGCCUUCGUUUUGUGAAAAAUAAAGACUCGCGACAGCAUGUCUUCGGCAGAAUCAAGUCCGAGCGAGCAGGAGGAAAACCUAUCCGACGAGUCAGGCUCCGAGGAAGAGGAAGCCGAUCUGAACCAAAGUCAGAGCGUACAGGAAGACUCCGAGGAGGCCAGCAGUCGAGAAGAGAGCGAGACCGACGAAGGCGAAGAAGGAGACGAAGACGAAGACGAAGAAAAACAGGACGGAGAGGAAGAUAACAGUAGCGAGGUAAGCGACGAAGAGGAGGAGAAGGAGGUAGCCAAGGAGUCGUCGAAGAAGAAAAAGGCAUCGACAGCCGCUGCGACAAAGGGCAAACAAAAAUCCCCGGCCGCCGCGCCGAAGAAAAAACCAGCCGCGGAGGGCGCUACAAAGAAAGCCGCUGCGGCCGCGAAGAAAGCCGUCACUAUCACCGCCGUCGAUUCCGAAGCCGCCGCCAGUACGAGCGGGACCGCCAAGAAGAGCAAAUCUGCUAGUACUGCUGCCAAGAUCAAGAAAGCUGCUGCAAAGAUGCCCGAGGCAAAAUCUCUGACCACUAAGGAUAUGAUCGUCCACGCCGUGUCCGAGAUCAAGGACAGAAAAGGCGCAUCGAUCCCCGCCAUCAAGAAGCACAUGGUCGACAAAUAUGAAGUCAGCGACCAACGCAUGAGCAGGGUGACGAAGUUACUGAGGACCGCCGGGGAGGAGGGCUGGCUACUGCAAGUUUCGGGCUCAGGAGCUUCUUCUGGAAGUCACUUCAAACUUCCCGAGGACGCAAAAAAGGCCUUGAAAAAAGAGGAGAAGCAGAGGGAGCCGAAAAAGUCGGAUAAGGCUAAAGUGACGGAAAAGGAGAAAAAGCCAUCAGCCAAGGUGAAAGAGGCUACGAAGAGGAAAACUGAAAAAAAGUCAGUUGCAGACAAAGAGGUUCCCGCUAAAAAAAUUAAGGAAGCUGCAGCAAAAGCUCCAAAGAAGAAAGCUACAAACGCAGCCUCCAAGAAGAAAGCUACGGCUUGAUCGUAUAGAGUUACCAUUUUCAAAGUUAGAUUCAUUUUAAUUUUAGAUAUGUUUUUCAUCACUUGUAUUCUUUUUUUUUUUUUUUUUUUUAAUCUACCUCUUCUUGGCCAAGUAUACAAGCUCAAAAAGUGGUGUUUUUAUAUAUAAUUAACUUAAUUAUCGUAUCGUACUAAAUUAUCAACUAUGAUAUAAGAUUAUUUCGUCCUUUAUUUAUCGUGAGUUGAGUUAAAAACUUUGUAUUCAGUACAAUGUGUUUGUAAGAAAACUGAUAAAAUACAGUAUAUUUGUUUGAGAAUAAA